AAAACGUUAAGCUCUUGGUUAACGAUCAAUUGACGGAAGGUCCGCAAUUGCAGAUGCACCUGCAAUCGAUGGAUUGACGCCAGAGCAACUUUUAUUAAUUAGAGUUAUCUCGUUUUAUCUUUUUUUAAUAAUAGCCACCCCUCUCCACUCAACCUUAUACUCAACCUUACAACUUCCCUUAUCAAUCUUUCGAAUAGUGAAAUGAUGUUGUCUUCGUCGCGAAGAGCGGCCACCUUGGCUCUGAGAGCGAAGCCGACUCCUCGUAUCGUUCCUCUCCAGUCUCUAGCUGCUAUCUCGACCACCUCUAAGAAAGAUGCGACCUCCGUAACGCCUCACGGCUCUACAAGCCUCGCAGACCGCCCGCGUAGGGAAAUCCCUCUCCCCAGCCAAGAGCCCACGAAGGGCGUCAUCCAAUACACCCUGACCACACUCGACCAGAUCGCCAACUGGGCGCGGCAAUCGUCCUUCUGGCCGAUGACGUUCGGGCUGGCGUGCUGCGCCGUCGAGAUGAUGCACGUGUCGACGCCGCGGUACGAUCAGGACCGUCUGGGGAUCAUCUUCCGAGCGUCGCCGCGACAGUCGGACAUCAUGAUCGUGGCGGGCACGCUGACGAACAAGAUGGCGCCGGCGCUGCGCCAGGUGUACGACCAGAUGCCCGAGCCGCGCUGGGUCGUGAGCAUGGGCAGCUGCGCCAACGGCGGCGGCUACUACCACUACAGCUACAGCGUCGUCCGCGGCUGCGACCGCGUCGUCCCCGUCGACGUCUACGUCCCCGGCUGCCCCCCUACCAGCGAGGCCCUCAUGUACGGCAUCUUCCAGCUCCAGCGGAAGAUGAGGAAGACCAAGAUCACGAGGAUGUGGUACAGGAAGUAGACACGGGAGAGGAUGGUAAUAAGCGAUUGGAGAAGGGGCAAGAAGGGCAAAGAAAGAUACAGUAGAUGCUCAAGAGGGAGGGGGAUUUUCCGACGGCGCGGCGAUAUACCACUGCAUCUUCUCUCUCUCUCUCUCUCUCUCUCUCUCUUUGUUCGAGGAGUGACGGGACGUAUUGUACAUAUGAUACCGCGGGCUAUAUACAUUCGCAUGGUUUACGUACUGGGAAGUAUUUACGUCCAACUUCUUUUUUUUU